AUGUUAAACCUUAAGUGCACUGAACUUGAAGUAGAAAUCAAGACCUUAAUCAAGGUAUGGCUCUCAAUCAUAGCCUCACUAUGUUACUGUUUUUUCAUAUCCUCAAACUUACCAAAAGGCAUUUUAAGGUUUCUUUCAUUGUCCCCAAUUUUGUACCUUUUCAUCAUUCUACCAUUUCAACUCUCUUUUGUUCUCCCAAUAGGAAUCACUUCCUUCUUCAUCACUUGGCUCACAAACUUCAAACUUCUUCUUUUCACAUUUGAUUUGGGUCCUCUCUCUUCCAACCCAUCAAAAUCUCUUCCUCUCUUUCUCAUCCUUGCUUGUCUCCCAAUUAGAAUCAAUCAAAAACAAAAUCUCCCACUUGACCAAAAACAUUCAAAAUUUCAUCUUUUGCUUCCAGUUAAGGCUUUGCUUAUUGGGUUUUUCCUUAUAGGAUUAAAUGACCACAAACAAAAACAGAAAAUGUACCCAACAGUUAUUAUUGUGGGUCUCUAUUGUAGUCUUGUAUAUUUAUUAUUGGAUCUUGUUAUGGGAAUUUUCAACAUUUUGAUCCAUGCUUUAUUUGGAAUUGAGCUUGAAUCACCGUCUGAUGAACCAUAUUUGUCAACUUCAUUGAGUGAUUUUUGGGGGAAAAGGUGGAACCUCAUGGUAACAUAUAUUCUGCGUCACACCGUAUAUAUUCCCGUGAAAAUACUAUUUUCUAAAACUUUGUUGGGCCCACAAUGGACUUCGUUGUUUGGAAUUAUUGUAUCUUUUUUGGUGUCCGGUCUAAUGCAUGAGCUAAUAUUCUACUAUGUCACACAUGUUACUCCCACGUGGGAAGUCACGUGUUUCUUUAUGCUUCAUGGAAUUUGUGUGGUCGUGGAGGUUGGUGUGAUGAAGUGGUUAGGUCAUAAGUGGAGUGUACAUUGGGCAAUAUCUGGGCCCAUUUCAGUGGCGUUUGUGGUGUCGACCGCCGCAUGGCUAUUCUUUCCACCGUUGUUGCGUGAUGGGGCUGACCACAGAAGCAUUGAGGAGUUCAAAAUUUUUGUUGAAUGUGUUAUGGAAAAGUUUUAG